UGCAGGCUCCGGGGCUGGUAAGGCUGGAGGAUGGCACUUGUAUCUGCUUGGCGCUCUGCUAAGUUCUGUGCUACUGCAGAAGUAGCGCGAGUAGCGGCGCUUGGAGGAGCCGGAAACAUAAAGAAGAAUCCCAGAGAGAAUCCCGCGGAGCGCGGGCUAUUGCAGCACAGUGCAAGGAGCUGCUGAGUGCGAGCCGAAUCAUGGCAGUGGAGGAAGAAGGAAUCCGGGUGUUCCAGAGUGUCAAGAUAAAAAUAGGCGAAGCAAAAAAUCUUCCAUCUUAUCCUGGGCCUAACAAGAUGCGUGACUGCUUCUGUACUGUAAACCUGGACCAGGAGGAGGUGUUCAGGACCAAGAUAGUCGAGAAAUCACUUUGUCCAUUCUAUGGAGAAGACUUUUACUGUGAGAUCCCUCGUAGUUUUCGCCAUUUAUCCUUUUACAUAUUUGACAGAGAUGUUUUCCGGAGGGAUUUAAUCAUGGGCAAAGUCUCAAUUUUAAAGGAAGAUCUGCAGCAGUACAACAACAGGGACACGUGGUUCCAGGUUCAACAUGUGGAUGCUGAUUCAGAGGUUCAGGGGAAAGUACACCUGGAACUGAGACUGAGUGAAGUGAUUACUGACUCUGGAGUCAUCUGCCAUAAGCUUUUAACACGAGUGUUGGAGUGUCAGGGCUUGCCAAUUGUGAACGGUCAGUGUGAUCCAUAUGCCACUGUAACGUUACUUGGACCAUCUCGGUCUGAAGCAAAAAAGACAAAGGUUAGGAAGAAGACUAACAACCCACAGUUUGAUGAGGUGUUUUAUUUUGAGGUAACAAAACCCUGUAGCUACAACAAGAAAUCUCAUUUUGAAAUUGAAGAAGAUGAUGUGGACAAGCUGGAGAUCAGAGUUGACUUAUGGAAUGCCAGUAAUCUUAAAUUUGGCGAUGAGUUUCUUGGUGAACUGAAGUUACCACUGAAGGUUUUGCGGCAGUCCAGUUGUCACGGAGCAUGGUACUUUCUUCAGCCCAGGGACAAUGGGAAGUCAGUAAAGCCAGAUGACCUGGGAUCUCUGAGGUUAAAUGUGGUUUAUACAGAGGAUCAUGUUUUCCCCAGUGAAUUCUACAGCCCCCUUCGCGACCUUGUGUUAAAAUCAGGAGAUAUUGAGCCUGUUUCUGCAUCUGCUGCACAUGUGUUGGGUGAAGUGUGCAGAGAAAAACAGGAAGCUGCUAUACCUCUAGUCCGGCUCUUUUUGCACUAUGGAAAGAUUGUGCCUUUCAUCAGCGCAAUUGCAAAUGCUGAAGUGAACAGAACACAAGAUCCGAACACAAUAUUCCGAGGAAACUCGUUAACCUCAAAGUGCAUCGAUGAGACAAUGAAAUUGGCAGGGAUGCAUUAUCUUCAAGUUACACUAAAACCAAUUAUAGACGAGAUCUGCGAGGCUCAUAAACCCUGUGAGAUAGAUCCGGUAAAGUUAAAAGAUGGUGAAAAUUUUGAGAACAAUAAGGAAAACCUGAAAAAUUAUGUAGACCGGAUAUUUGAUGUCAUCACAAAAUCUGGCGUUAGCUGCCCCACCGUCAUGUGUGACAUUUUUUUCUCACUGAGAGAGUCAGCCGCCAAGCGUUUUCAAAGUGAUCCAGAUGUUCGAUACACAGCUGUGAGCAGCUUCAUUUUUCUCCGAUUCUUUGCACCUGCCAUCCUAUCCCCUAAUCUCUUCCAGCUCAGCCCUCAUCACCCAGACCCACAGACUUCUAGAACCUUAACUCUUAUAUCCAAGACUAUACAGACACUGGGAAGUUUAUCAAAAUCUAAAUCUGCAAGCUUCAAGGAGAAUUACAUGGCUGCUUUUUAUGAAAACUUUAAUGAACAGAAAUAUGCAGAUGCUGUGAAAAAUUUCCUUGAUUUGAUUUCAUCUUCUGGAAGAAGAGAUCACAAAAGAAUAGAGCAGCCAAUUCUGCUUAAGGAAGGGUUUAUGAUCAAGAGAGCGCAAGGAAGAAAACGAUUUGGGAUGAAGAAUUUUAAGAAACGAUGGUUUCGUCUUACCAACCACGAAUUUACCUACCAAAGAAGUAAAGCAGGCGAUCACCCCUUGUGCAGUAUUCCCAUAGAAAACAUUCUGGCUGUUGAAAAAUUAGAGGAGGAAUCAUUCAAAAUGAAGAAUAUGUUCCAGGUUAUUCAACCAGUACGAACGCUUUACAUCCAAGCAAAUAAUUGUGUUGAAGCCAAGGACUGGAUAGACAUCCUCACCAAAGUUAGUCAGUGCAACAAGAAGCGCCUCACUGUUUACCACCCAUCAGCCUAUCUGAAUGCUCACUGGCUGUGCUGCAAGGCUACCUCAGAAAAUGCCCCUGGGUGCACUCCUUGCACUGGGGGCCUACCAGCAAAUAUACAGCUUGAUAUAGAUGGAGACAGGGAGACGGAGCGCAUUUAUUCUCUGUUUAUCACCUACCUGUGCAAGCUUGAAAAAAUGCAAGAGGCUUGUGGGAGCAAGUCUGUGUAUGAUGGGCCUGAGCAGGAGGAAUAUAGCACGUUCUUGAUUGAUGAUCCGCGCGAAACCUACAAGUCUCUCUGUCACAUCAUAGAGGCCGUGAAAACAUUGGAACAAGAGCAUGCUCAGUACAGAAGGGAUAAGUUCAAAAAGACAAAGUAUGGAAGCCAGGAGCACCCCAUAGGCGACAAGAGCUUCCAGAGCUACAUCAGGCAGCAGUCUGAGAUAUCUGCACAUUCCAUUUGAGCCAACAUAGGAUGCACUUAAAGGAUUAAAGCAGGAAAAAGGAAAUGUUUCAUCUCUGAAGAUAUUGGCAUGUGAACAGAGCAAGAGAGAGUGCUUGAACGCCUGGGCAAUGUUAGCCAAUGCUUUAGACUUACAAGCAGAGACUUGCUGAGACUUCAGUGUGUUUUGGGGACUGUUACAAUACUUGCUAUGCACUUUAUUCAUCUGAUAACAGAUGGCAGAACCUUUUUUUCGUUUGUUGUUGGCAUUUCCCUCUUUUCCUUGUGAUCGGUUCAGUGAACUGCUUCAUAGACGGACCUUUUGUUUUUUUCCUUAAAAUCACAUGCAUUCCUGGGGCUCAUAUACAGAAUAAGUAAGGGUUGCACACGAGCUGUGCACUUAAAAACAAUUCAUUUACAGCCUGAAUGCCAUCUCUUGGGGGCACUCACAUGCUCCUUGGCACCAUUCCCUCUUGGCCUGCCUCUAGAAUGCUCUGAAAUCUCACAGAUUCUCUGUGGUUCCUCUGGCUUCACUUGAAAUAUUUCACUAUUGCUGAAAAGAGCAGAAUAGGCACUAUCAGCAUUAUAUGGAGGUUAUAACCAGUUUUGUAAAUGAACCUUACACAGACUUAAGCUAAGUCACAGAGAAUAUGUGUUGGUUCCCACAUUUAAUUAUUAAAAAAUUGGGCAUCAAUGGAUGCUAGCCCCUGUUUCAUUUUUUGGCUGAAACUGAUGCCAACACUUAUUCUAAGGACCUUAAAAAUGUCAUGCCUUAAUGGUCAAUAUAACUGUGGUUAUAAAGUAGACCCUUGGCCUGUCUACCUACUCCAUUAACAAAUGUGAUUGUGCCACCUACCUUUGCAUAUUAUUUUGCUUUAUUGUCCUUUGGAUGGUACAAAAAGAACUACUGCUCUUGUCUCUGGACUUUCACUUUCUGUGCCAAACUGCUGCUUCGUGUUCUUAUUUUGUGUUUUGUUUCAGCCUAGCUACUGUAGUGAAACUUGCAUUAUGAAAGUUAAUCAGGUGGUAGCCCAUUAACCCAGAGGGCAGCUGGGCAAUGGACUGAAUACCAGAAUGUAAAAAGGCAUAGGAGGUGGCCCAGAAACAAGUAUAUAUAAAUAAUAAGAGAUAAUAUUAAAAAUGAGCUUACCCCACAAGCGAUAUGCUCUUGAAAUGAUAGGGUUACUGGGCCUACAAACCAGAAGCUAGUUCUGAUUUCUAGUUGGAUGGAGGCAAAAAACAAAA